UUUUGUGGCGGGUUGGGCUAUGCGCAAACCGUCGCUGGGACGUGCGGCGAAGGGGGCCGGGGGGGGGGACGUGCUGGAACCGUCAUCGCACCUUGGCAGUCACUUUUACCCUCGGCUGACGGCCCUUCUUUCCUGAGCCUCGGUUUUCCCGGAAGUGGAACGGACGCAGAGAGUCUCCGCGCCCCGCCUUCGUCCCACAUUCCCGGGAGACAGCUCCUAUAUCAUACUGGGGAAGACAAAGGCCUUGAGUGCGACCGUCAGCCUGCGGUCACUCCACCCAGUGGGUGUGGUGGUUCGGAUGAGCCCGCUGGGCUCCUCCCGGUCGCCGCCUGGCAGGGCCCCGCCCAGCCCACAGGUUGUGACCGGGCCUGCAGCGUCGCAGAUGGACCCGGCGCAGAGUCUGGUGACCUUUGAGGAUGUGGCCGUGCACUUUUCCAAGGAGGAGUGGGGGCUCCUUGAUGCAGCCCAAAGGCAACUGUACCACAGUGUGAUGCUGGAGAACUUGGAGCUCAUGACCUCACUUGGUUGUUGGCAUGGAGUGGAAGAUGAGGAGGUAUGUUCCAAGCAGGAUGCUUCUGUAGAUGUGGUGUCACAGGUCAGGAUUUUCAGUGCACAUUCUUCUACCCAGAAGGCUGACAGUUGUGACAUGUGUGACCCAUUCUUGAAAGACAUUUCGCACCUGGAUGUACAUCAAGGAACACAUGCUGAGGAGACUCCCUACACAUGUGUAGCACGUGGCAGAGAGUUUUGGUUUGGUGCAAACCUUCACCAGCAUCAGAAGGAGUGCAGUGGAGAAAAGUCCUUCAAAUGGAACGAGGACAGGGACUUGUUUGUGCAGAGCUCAAUAGUCUGUCUAUCAGAGAAGCCCUUUACAUGUGGAUUAGGUGGUAAGGAUGUCUCAGACAGCCAUGACCUCCUCCAGCACCCAAACACAGAUGGCAGUGGGAAGCCACACAGCAGCACAAAGUGCAGGGAGGCCUUACCACACCCUUCCAGUCUUGGGCAGCUCCCAGAAGUCCAUGCCUCACAGAAGCCCUUCAAGUGCAGUGACUGUGGAAAAGCCUUCCAGAAGAGUUCUGUCCUCCUCAACCACCUGAGAACUCACUCUGAAGAGAUACCAUUUAGAUGCCUAAGAGUUGAAAAUUCCUUAGAGGAGAAAUUAACUCUUGUUAAUGACCAAAAGUUUCACACUGGAGAAACAUCUCACGUAUGUAAGGAGUGUGGCAAGGCCUUUAGUCAUCCGUCUAAGCUGAGGAAGCACCAGAAAUUUCAUACUGGAGUAAAAUACUAUGAGUGCAGUGACUGUGGGAAAACUUUCAGCCACAAACUCACACUUGUUCAUCACCAGAGAAUCCACACAGGAGAAAGGCCUUAUGAAUGCAGUGAAUGUGGGAAAGCCUUCAAUAACAGGUCACACCUCACUCGGCAUGAGAAAGUUCACACUGGAGAAAGACCUUUUGAGUGCAGCAAAUGUGGCAGAGCCUUCAGCCAAAGCUCCAAUUUCCUUCGGCACCAGAAAGUCCACACCCAAGUAAGACCUUAUGAGUGCAAUCAGUGUAGCAAAGCCUUCAGCCGCAGCUCUGCUCUCAUUCAGCACUGGAGGGUUCACACUGGAGAAAGGCCUUAUGAGUGCAGUGAGUGUGGGCGAGCUUUUAACAAUAACUCCAACCUUGCUCAGCAUCAGAAGGUCCACACUGGAGAACGGCCUUUUGAAUGCACUGAAUGUGGAAGAGACUUCAACCAAAGCUCUCACCUCCUUCGACAUCAGAAAGUUCACACUGGAGAACGGCCUUUUGGAUGCAGUGAAUGUGGGAAAGCCUUCAGCAAUAGCUCCACCCUCAUUCAGCACCAGAAAGUACAUACUGGUCAAAGGCCUUAUGAGUGCAGUGAAUGUAGAAAAGCCUUCAGUCGCAACUCCAGCCUGAUUCAGCACUGGAGAAUUCACACUGGAGAAAGGCCUUACGAGUGCAACGAAUGUGGGAAAGCCUUUGCUCACAGUUCCAGUCUCAUUGAGCACUGGAGAGUUCACACAAGAGAAAGGCCUUAUGAGUGUAGUGAAUGUGGGAAAUUCUUUAGCCAAAACUCCAUUCUUAUUAAACAUCAGAAAGUUCACACUGGAGAAAGGCCUUAUGAGUGCACUGAAUGUGGGAAGUUCUUUAGCCGCAAGUCCAGCCUCAUUUAUCACUGGAGAGUUCACACUGGGGAAAGGCCUUAUGAAUGCAGUGAAUGUGGGAGAGCCUUCAGCAAUAACUCUCACCUGGUUCGUCACCAGAGAGUUCACACACAAGAAAGGCCCUAUGAAUGCAGCCAAUGUGGGAAAGCCUUUAGUGAAAGAUCCACACUUGUUCGACACCAGAUAGUUCAUACCAGAGAAAAGACUUAUGAGUGUGGCCACUGUGGGAAAAUCUUCAGCCGCCUCUGCAACCUUGCUCAGCAUAAGAGGAUUCAUACCUGAGUGGAGCCUUGUAGAAAUGAUCUUCGUGAGAAAAUCUUCAGCCACAUCCAACUUUAUGCAGCAGAAUACCCACAAAGAAAUUACCUAAGUGUGACUAAUGUGGAAGAGCCUUCAGAAGCUACUCUGCCCUUUUUGAGCAGCUCAGGCAGCACUGUCUCGCCUCUGGAGCAUAAACCUCUUUCUAGCUGUCUGGAUCCAAAUAUUUGCAGCAGUCACCUACAUAUACAUGGAGAGAACACAUCCCUUUGCCUCCCUUCUCCUUUCCUGGAGGGUGUUGGGAUUGUCCUAGGCUCACUGGAAUGGCUUCAUUCCCAUUGCCUCUGAGAGGGUUAAGGAAUGAACUGACCCCAUGCCGGUUGAGAGAUUAAUUAAUCAAGACACAUGACAGUCCUAAAUGUUAAUAUACCUAACAGUGCUUCAAGGUACAUGAAGCAAAAACUGAUAGAACUGCAAGGAGAAAUAGACAAAUCCACAAUUAUAGUUGGAGAUGUCCACAUCCAUCCCAGAUAAUCGGUAAGGACAGAGAAGACGAACAACACUGCCAACCAACUUGACCUAAUUGACAUUUAUAGAACAUUCUGUCCAAUAAAGGCAGAAUACACAUUCUUUUCACAGGCACAUAGAACAUUUACCAAAAUGGAGCAUCUUCUGGGCCACAAAACAAGGCCUGAUAAAUGGAAAAGAAUUGAAAUAAUACAAAGUAUGGACCCUGACUAUGAGAGAAUUCAAUAAGAAGUCAAGAAUAGUAUGAUGUGUGGAAAAUCCUCACUUGGAAACUAAAUAGCACACUUGUAAAUAAUCCAUGGUCAAAGAUGAAAUCAAAAGAAAAAUUAGAAAGUAUUUUGAAUGAAAAUGAAAACAGAGGAUAUCACAACAUAUGGAAUGUACCUAAAACAGUACCAAGGGAGAAAUAUUUGUGUGUGUGUCUCCAUGUAUACUAGUGAAAUAAGAAUAAGCCCUAUGGAGUGUAAAAAAGAAUCAUUAAAUGCUCAAUUUUUUUAAAGUUACAACAAAAGAAGCAACCAUGACAAAUACAAGCCAUAAUAACUUCUUCCCUUCACUAAAAGGUAAAAGCCAAUUGCAGAGGUCACCUGAGCCCCCAGGAGACAGAAAUGCAGAACGUCAGGAGGGGCCUCAUUGACACACUCGGGGCCCCUCCACAACCCUGCUCACAGUUGUCAGUUGUGUGGUUUCUUAAGGGAUGUCUGUCUCCCCGUGUCUUAGUCCAUUCCAACUGACAGAACAAAAAUACCAUAAACUGGG